CAUGGGAGAUUCUGUAUUUGUUUUUUUGGAUCAACGUAAGGGUAUGCAGCCUAAAUCUCUGUUCUCGCAAACCGCAAUUAUUUCAAUCGAAAAUUCUCAGUUGAGUGGAGAUGGUGCGUGAUUUCGUUGCUUGAUUCGCUGCAAUUUUAGAUGGCCGAUUUUGGUACACAAAGGAAAAUCACCAUAACAAAUUACCACGAAGAAAAACUCGUUGGUAUAUUACACGAUGCGUCUUCCACUUCACUUGUUAUUGUUUGCCAUGGUUUUCAAUCAAAUAAGGAAAGGAUCCCCAUGGUGAACCUUGCUGCUGCUCUGGAAAAAGAGGGAAUCAGUGCCUUCCGCUUCGACUUUGCAGGAAAUGGGGAAAGUGAAGGUUCAUUUCAAUAUGGUAACUACUACAGAGAAGUUGAAGACCUACGAGCUGUAGUCCAACACUUCCGCGAGGAGAAAUAUGUAAUUACCACAAUUGUUGGUCAUAGCAAAGGGGGUAAUGUGGUUCUGUUAUAUGCUUCAAAAUAUAAGGAUAUUCAUACUGUUGUCAAUAUAUCUGGCCGCUUUAACCUAGCAAGAGGUAUGGAGAGUCGCUUGGGCAAAAAUUUUAUACAAAAGAUCAAACAAGAUGGAUUUAUAGAUGUUAAAAAUAAAAGAGGGAAGAUUAUGUAUCGUGUUACUGAAGAAAGUUUAAUGGACCGUCUAAAUACUAUAACUCAUCUUGCCUGCUUAUCAAUCCCUGAAAAUUGCAGAACAUUGACAGUUCAUGGAUCCAUGGAUGAAACGGUAUCUGCAGAAGAUGCUUUAGAGUUUGCUAAGUUCAUAUCAAAUCAUGAACUGCACAUCAUAGAAGGGGCUGAUCAUGAAUACUCUUGUCAUCAAGAUGAAUUGACCAGCUUAGUUUUGGAAUUUAUCAAGGUUCAUAAUGAUAAAGCAAACAAUACAUCUAAGCAGACACGUUUUGGAAGAGUAAAUAAACCUAUCCAUUCACGAUUCUAGGCCUUGCAUACUUGCAGAAUAUGCGGAUCUGGUACCUCAUUUUAAUAAAUCAUUCUUACAAAUUAAGACAGACAGACUCGUCCUAUUUCUCAACUUUCUCAUUAUUGGACCUCAACAAUUGCACAUCUGACAAGAACUACUGCAUCACUAUUGCCACAGUGAGCAGUCACAGACUCACAGCUAACAAGUAAUUAAAUGGCAACUACCAGAACAAUUUAUCUUGGAGGCAAUGACCGAGCCAGGAAUCUAACUCAAGAGGCCAAGACAGCAUUAUCUAAGAGACGUGACCAGAAAAAAUUAUGACACUUACUUUAGUAUGACAAACAUAUUCCUAAAAGCAGGAGGGGCCACACAUACUUCAUGGGAAAUUGUAGGGUGUACCACCUGAUACUUCAUGGGAAAUUGUAGGGUAUACCACCUUGAUGUGUGGUCUAAUAUUGACCAAUGCUUAAAAGCCAUCUAAAAUUCAAACUCUAAUAACAAUUGACGACAGUCUUCAGAUGUAUAAUUCAACGACUCUCCGUCUCAGCUGUUAUAAAACUGACGUCAACUGAAUCAUUGUCUCAGCCGUAAAAAUAAAAAAGAUUGUUAACUUAUACAUCUUAUGAGUAUCGUCAAUGAUCGUCGGUCUUUCAAAAACUUUUAAGCACCAGUCUAUGAUGGAGUACAACGGUCCACCGUAGCAUCCGCCUUAUUUUAUUAUUUUGCAUUAUCAAGUGAAAGUUUAAAUCUUUUGUAGCGGUCACGGUGUUCCCCAAUAGAUUGACCCCUGCUUGAUUGCUGACUGUUAUGUUUGUUAUCACUGAGUUGAGAUAACAGACUACCUACCGUAGUACGGUUGUUACAGAUUUACUUUUAGCCACAACAUUUUGCA